GCGCUCACUAUUCUGACAUGUGUUUCCAUCGUGAACAUUGCACCAACGUCUUCGUGAAUUUAAAUGGAGCUCUGGUGGAUUAACUAGACUGAAGUUGGUCGAACUUGGAUGUUAUCUUGAAACUACCUUCGGUUUGUGUAUUUAUUUUUUUUCAAAAUUGUAAAGGGCCGAACAAAGAUGUUGGACAACCGCAUUGUCGAUAUCCAUUUGGAACAAGCAGAGGAUCUAAGGGGCAAACAUGGCAAAGAGCCCUUUGAGACGCAAUAUCAGCUUGGUUUGCUGCUGGGGAGCGGUGGUUUCGGGUCUGUCUUCGCUGGCCAGCGCAUCUCAGACGGCUUGCAGGUGGCGAUCAAACAGAUAUCCUCUGAUAGAGUACAGCAGUGGGCAAGACUGCCUGAUAACCCAAACCUUGUUCCCAUGGAGAUUGCUCUGCUUCUGCGUCUGGGGGGUGAAACAAACUCAGGCAAAACUCAUAGUGGGAUCAUUCGGAUGCUGGAUUGGUUUGAGCUGCCAGGACGUGGGUUUCUUAUUGUCUUUGAGAGGCCACAGCCCUGCCAGGACCUCUUUGACUACAUCACAGAGCGAGGAUGUCUGGAAGAGCACAUUGCCCAAAGGUUUCUGAGACAGAUAGUGGAAGCUCUGCAGUUCUGUGAAUCCCGGGGGAUUGUACACAGGGACAUAAAAGAUGAGAAUGUGCUUGUGGACACCCGCACCAGAAACAUCAAAAUUAUUGACUUUGGAUCUGGUGCUCUCAUCAAAGAAAGUGAAUACAUAGAUUUUGAAGGUACAAGAGUCUACAGCCCUCCUGAGUGGAUACUGCACCACAACUACCAUGCCAGGCCUCUCACUGUGUGGUCACUUGGAGUACUCCUCUUUGACAUGGUCUGUGGCGACAUCCCUUUUGAAAGGGACAGAGAGAUUGUGCAGGCCAAUCCCAGUUUCACUAAACGCAUCUCAAAAGAGUGCCAGUCAUUAAUUCUAUGGUGCCUAUCAUAUAGGCCAGAAGACAGACCAAGUUUAGAAGACAUCUUGCUGCAUCCUUGGAUGGAGACUUCUGAGGAUAUUGUAGACUUGUCAGAGGAACAAAACAUCACACCAAGCCUCUAAUUUCUGGAUAACUUUGGGCGGUCAGAGAAACGUCACAUGUCCAGCUUCUCAUUUUGUCCUCACUGACUGUUACUUCUGUGAGUUACACUGUGCCAUAGGAUUGUUUGGGCCUAGCACAAUGUGGAGGGUUAUCUUAGAUGUUACUUUAUUUUGUAGUAAUGUUAAACAAUUGUGGAAAUCAGAAGAUUCUUUAUUUAUUAGGGAGUUUAUUAUGUUACUAUUUAUUUUCAAAAUGGAAUGUUAUUUAUUGAUCUAAGGCAUGGACACGUUUCUGAUACCUCCCAUUGUACUCCAAAUGCAGGCCAAGAAUGUUGGCAUUUAUUUGCCCUAAGACCAAAACUGAUACUUAAGACCUGGUUUUACAGGCAGUUGUAUCUAAAGGAUUUUUCACCUUGUUUUAAGAGGUAACAAAGACCAGGGAUCCAGUUUCCAAUUCCCACCUCACAUAACAAUAAGACAGAGCACUACUGAACCACUUUAAAAGACCUGAAGUACGUUAGGGCUUGGGAGUGGCAUCACUAGACUUAAAAAGAGGUUUGUGUUUCUCCUGAAAAGCUUUGAGGUUGUUUCUUUUUCAAACUACAAUGUUUUGUUCAUGCAACAUCAACAGCUAACCUAUAGGAUUUCUUUCCCUUCCAAAAUUUAAAUUGUCAAUACUAAAGAAGGAACCUUAAACAAGGAGUCAUUAACCCAGGGCUAAGAAUGGUCUACAUGGCCAUCAAGUGUGUAAUACAUAUCUGUGUAUCAGCAAGUUCAAUUUCAAACAGAACUUAAUGUAUAUUUGAUCAGAUGUCUUUCUUUAGGUUGGAUAAGUUACAGAUUUAUUUGAUCAAUAUCACAUAUACAAGACUCCUGGGAGUGAUGUGUUCAGUGGAUAAACCCCCAUUAAAACAUAUAUCAUAUUUAUGUUUGAAUUGCAAUGGGUUGACAUUUUUUAAAGUCCUGUUUAAUUUGUGCUUCAACUAUUUGUUUGAUAGAAGUGCCUGUUAGCCCAGAUGCUUGGGAAGUUGGAAGGAAUUGAACAAAAGCAAUGUCACCCUUAAGUUAUUUUUGAAAAUCUGGGCUGUUUAGCCUGGGUUGCAACAGCUUUUCGUUAAUACUUGUGUAUUGUUUACUGUAAUUUGUUUAGGGAAUGUUAUUUAUUUCAAAUAAGAUUUUCACCUGAAUGUCUAUACACUGUAUAUACAAUGUUUGUAAAUAAAACAAUAUUUGUCACUAACUAA